AUGAGGAACGGUCGGUGCCUCGUGAGUCCCGCUCCCGCCGUCCGCAUGCCCGGCUGGAGUCUGCAUGCACGCUUGACGCCCCGGCCAAAGGUGCCUAGCGAGAUCUACGAGCCGGGUGUGCCUGUGGUGCUUGGCCGGACGGACGCCUGCACGCCAGUCACCGUGCUGUUGCGUUCAGCGUGGGUGCGAGCAAUCGGUGUCACAGGCUCACAGCUGGGCGCCGCUUGGCUUGCCAAGCCAGCCGUUGAUGCCGCGAAGCCGAGCCAGCCGCCCCCAGCAGGCUUGCCAGGUAGCUUCAAUUGUUUGUUAGCUAUCUUGAACUCUGCUAUUUCAGAUGAAUCUGUCAUGUGUGUGAUUCCAAUUUUUUUGAGAAAGAUGUGGUAUCUCAAGGGCUUUGGUGAUAUGCCCGAGAAAGAUUGCACUCAUAAACAAGAUAAUUAUGGAUCGCGCAGACACAUCAGGGUUUGUCAGUGGUGGUUGCUUUGGUACUACAUUCCUGCUGAUAUUCUUCCAUUUCGUCUAUUCUACGGUCCGUGUCUGAAAGAUCGUCAAGAACCCUUCAGCUGCUUGGGCAGAAAUAUCAUCAGGCCCCUGUUCUUUGAGCUCUCUGGUGUUUUAUCUCAUAUUCUUUUCCGCCAUUGUUAUAGCGUCUCAACUGUGAUGGAUAACGGCUUCAUGGACAACCCCCAUCCGCCAUUGUCAGAGUCUCUGAUGAAUGACCCCUUUGUUUUAGUGGGUUGCUCAGCGCCAAGCUCCACAAUGGAGAACAUGGGCCAAAGCACACUCUGUAUGGAUGGCCUGAACCCAGCAAUGGUUAGUUGCAGCCAUGUUAAUGGAAAUACACAGAUAAUGAAUGACAUAGCAGCGAGAGAUGAUGGCAGCAGGUUAGUCCUUGGUUUGGGCCCAACGCCGAAUUUUUAUUCUGCAGUGUCUACUGGUUCAAAACAAGAUCAGAGGUUGUCUGGCCAGAGUUCCACAUUUACUGAUUCAGGGAUGCUGAGGCUUGGACUUCAGAUGGAUGGUGGGGAAGCAAUUCAAUAUCUGCAAGCACCGAAUGGAGCACUCCAUUCUUUAGGUAUCGUUGAUGAGGCUUCAACAUCUGCUACUGUAAGGAACAUGGGUGGUUACAUGCCAUCCCUACUCUUUGCUCCCCGCUCUGAUUCUAUUGUCAACGAGACACAAGUAGAAAACCCAGAUUCUCUAGAUCUCAUGCACAGCACCACCAACACUCAGCGUCUUCAACAUCACCUCCAGCUCAGCCCCGAACCCUCUGCAAUGACCGAGUCUUCAUUUGGUGUGAGUUCUGAUGUUGUCACUGCAACAACUACAUCAGAACGUAGCCAUUCCCGACAUCCUAAGAAAUGCAGGUUUAAGGGAUGUUCCAAAGGUGCAAGAGGCGCAUCAGGAUUGUGUAUUGCUCACGGAGGUGGGCAGAGAUGUCAUAAACCUGGAUGCCAUAAAGGUGCCGAGAGCAGUUCUGCAUACUGCAAAGCCCACGGUGGCGGUCACCGGUGUGAGGAGCUUGGUUGCACCAAAAGUGCAGAAGGAAAAACAGAUUAUUGCAUUGCUCAUGGUGGAGGCCGCCGCUGUGAACAUCCUGGCUGUCCUAAAGCUGCCCGGGGUAAGUCUGGGCGGUGCAUCAAGCACGGUGGCGGGAAGAGGUGCUCGGUUAAAAGUUGCAUUCGGAGUGCCGAGGGGAAGGCUGGACUGUGCAUUUCUCAUGGCGGUGGCCGACGGUGCCAGUAUCCAGAUUGUGGCAAGGGGGCACAGGGCAGCACAUUGUACUGCAAGGGACAUGGUGGUGGCAAGAGGUGCAUCUUCAAUGGUUGCAGCAAAGGCGCUGAGGGUAGCACACCUCUGUGCAAAGCACACGGUGGUGGGAAGCGAUGCAUGUUUGAAGGAGGUGGUGUCUGUGCAAAGAGUGUGCACGGGGCUACUGAAUACUGCGUGGCACAUGGAGGAGGGAAGCGCUGUUCCGUGCCCGGCUGCACCAAAAGUGCUCGUGGCCGCACUGACUACUGUGUGAAGCACGGUGGGGGCAAGCGUGCAAGGUUGACAACUGUGGCAAGAGCGCCCAGGGGAGCACGGAACUCUGCAAAGCCCAUGGUGGAGGAAAGCGGUGCACUUGGAGCACAGGCUGUGAAAAGUUCUCCCGUGGCAAGAGUGGCUUCUGUGCGGCACAUGGUGCUGGUUCCUCGCUCUAUGAUGCCUUCUUGGUCGUCUGAGCCUGUAGAUGGAGGCAGAGAGGGAGGUCAUGUUGUUCCUGAGGGGAGGGUCCAUGGUGGUGGCCUCCUGUCACUUCUUGGUGGCAGCUUCAGGAAUGCCGAUGUGGAAAAGCUUCGAAGCUAG